AGUCAAGAUCUGGCUCCUACAACCUGUGGAAAACAUUCUGUACAAGAUGUUCUGCUGAGACAUGAUCCAGUGUGCAAGAAAGCCUUCAAUGGAAAGUGCAAGCCCUUCAGCAUUUUGAAACAGAGACUGCAGGGAACAGAAAUCAUCACUGUGAAGAAGCAGGCCCCACAAAAGCUAUACCAAGCUCUGAAGGAGGGCCACCCUCUUCCACCUCCUCCCCCGCCAAGAAUGAAUCCAGAAUAUAUUCAGUGUCCACACUGCUCACAGAGGUUUAGUGGGGCUGCAGCACAGAGGCACAUGGAGUUUUCUGAAGGACAAGGUGUCGACCAUGCUGCAAAGACCACUGGACAGGCUUCGGACAAGCAGCCACUGACUCAGAGAAAAACUCCAACAUUAACACCUGCUGUGUUAUCACUUCUGGAGAAAGUACAAAAGGGUGCCAACACAGACAAACCUAGCCUAGAGACCUCUUUAGAAAUACUGAAGAAAGCUGGAAAAUCUUGGGGUGUAUCUACUGGGAAAAAUUCUUCAGGAAAAUUUGGGCCGCAAGUGGACAACAGAAGAUAGAGUGGCUGGUUGGCGAGGAUGUGUUAAGGUUUUCUUCUAACACAUUAUGGAAGAUCUUAAGCAACACAAUUUUCCAGUACCACUUCUGCCUGAAGAUCUACAGCUACCACGUUCAAUAAAAUAAGCAAACUGAAAUUCAUUGAUUGUGAGAGUAUUUGUAUUUGUUGCCAAGAUUUAAUUAAAUGAUUGCCUGCAGAGGAUUGCUAUUACCAUGGGUUCAUUAAAUGGUUUAACAAAAUGUAGAAAGAUCCAGUACCAUGUUAUUUUUCCUUUCCCCUAAUGCUUUGAUAUACUGAACAAGACAAGUGAACAUUCUGGAAUUUCAUGUAAAUAUUUAAUAG